AAUAGCAGACGAUUGCGGUUAUGCAGAUAUUACAUUCAAUUUGUUAUUUAAAAAAUAUUUAAAUCUAUUAUCAAAUUCUCUAAAAUUCCUUUGCAAAACUAUACAAGAAGAUAUCAAAAAAAGAAACUGUGAUUGACAUAUUUAAAAUCAAGAAAAAUUGAUUUAAAGUCACGCUUGAUAGAUACUCAUCCGAUCCAUCUCAAACUAGCAAAGCAAUUCGGAUGUUGGAAUAGUAUUUAGUUUCAUAAAUUAAUAAAUAAUAAUGGCCAGUGAAGAGGAAAAAGUUAAUAUCAUUCAACUGAGCUUGGAUUUAAUUGAGGAAUACGAGAAAACGCCCUCGUCCUCUUUGAUAACUGAUUAUAUAGACAAUCUGCUGAAUAAUCCCGCUAUUGAUAGACAAAUCCUUCCAGACUUUAUUGAAGAAAUGUCAUGGAUUAACGUAACGAGACCGAUAAAGAAAGAAGAUUUUGCUGGCAAAUUGCUUAUCGUUGAUUUUUUCACUUACUGCUGUAUAAACUGUAUUCACAUACUGCCUAUCCUGAAGGAAAUUGAAAAAAUUUGGGAAAAAGAAAAUAAUAUUCAAGUUAUUGGCGUUCAUUCAGCCAAAUUUCCAAAUGAAAAACAAUCUAAAAGCGUUAUCGAUGCCGUUCAAAGAUACAACAUAGAACAUCCCGUAUUAAAUGAUAGCGAAAUGCGUUUAUGGUCGGAGAUGAAUAUUAGCUGCUGGCCAACUGUUGUAUUAUUUUCGCAUGACCUAAAAGCUUUAUUAUAUAUUUUUGGUGAAAAUCAUGAAAAUCUCCUUAAAGAAUUUAUUAAAAUAGCUUUUAAUCAUUUACAACUACGUCAUAAUGUUACUCGUCAAAUACCUGUUAAAGUGGACUAUAUAUCGAGAAAAUCUUCCGACUUGUCUUAUCCGGGAAAAGUUUUCGUAGACGAUGAGUACAUUAUGAUAAGUAAUUCCAGACGUAAUAAGAUAAUCAUCACAGAUCAUUUGGGUUCCAUAAAGCAUCACAUCGGAUCCGGAUUAAAUGGUGACAAAGACGGAAAUUUUCAAACUUGUUCCUUUUCCAAUCCUCAAGGUUUGGUUAGACAUGGAAAUGUGAUAUUUAUAGCAGAUACGGGGAAUAAUAAAAUUCGAAAGAUAAAUUUAGAUUCGGGAAGAGUAACGUCUCUACCAAAUUGCAAAAAGUUUGGCAAAUGUUCACCAUGGGAUUUAUAUUUAACAAAAGACUAUUUAGUUGUUGCAAUGUCGGGAAUCCAUCAGCUUUGGGCUUAUACUUUAAAUAAUUGUGUAAUUUUAGGAGAAAAUCUUAGAGAAAAUUCUUGGUGUCACUUGUGCGGUACUGGAGAGGAAGGUGCUAAAAAUAAUCUCUAUCCCAAAUCGGCUACUUUAGCACAGCCAUCAGGCGUAACUGUCUUCAAUGAUCUAAUUGUCUUCGCCGACAGUGAAAGUUCUUCCAUUAGAAGUUUUUCUUUACAAAAUGGAUCUGUAAAAAAUAUUGUUGGGGGCGAUAUAAAUCCAUCAAAUUUAUUCGCUUUUGGUGACAUAGACGGAAAAGGUCAAAAAGUGAAAUUACAGCAUCCAAUGAGCGUUUCAGUCAGCAAUGAAAAAAAUAUUAUUAUUGCCGAUAGCUACAAUAAUAAGUUAAAAGAAAUUGAUGUAAAAGAAAGAGAGUGUAGAACAAUCGAUAUUGAAGGUUUAAACGAACCUGGCGGCUUAUCGGUUUAUAAAGAUCAAAUUUUUAUUGCCGAUACUAAUAAUCAUUGUAUUAAAAUUUAUGAUAAAUUAACAAAACAAUUGGAAAAGAUGGAAUUAUCAGAUGGUUUAAAUAAUAAUAAAAGAUUAAAAUUACCUCAAAAGAAUACAAGAAACGUCAAUUUAGGAUCUUUAACUGUUAAAAAAAAUAUUAAAAUGUGCUUUAAUAUUCAAUUAUUUAAUCAUGAAUUGAAUAAGGAUGCACCUAAUAUGUGGAGUUUAACUACAAAAGGAUCUUCAAAAUCUGGAACCUUGGAGCAUGUUCAACAAGAAUUAAAUAUUCGUUUAGAUGGAGAGGAUAAAAUUGAUUUCGAAAUGGAUACAUUAUUGUAUUUAUGCCAUGAAGGAGCUUGUGAGCUCUACGGUUUAUCAUUUACAGGAACUUUAAAUGUUCUUGAAGAAACUGGAAGAGAUAGUAUUGAUCUUCAUUAUUCGUUUGCAUAA